AUGAAACCCUAUAUAGGCAUACCUCUUGUGAUUGGACUUGUCUAUCGAGCUUGGUCGCGAAAAUCUCUUACCCCGCUCGGCCUGGUCGUUGCGGGAUGUUCAGCCUCCGCUCACGCUCUCCACCCAUGGUCGGCACCAGUCGCGCUCCUUGCGGUAUUCUAUUUUAGUGGGACUAAGGUUACAAAGGUAAAACAUGAGAUCAAGUCGCAUUUGACACUCUCUGCAACCGGUGCGGAAGGUGGCGAAGGCCCCCGGAACCAUAUCCAAGUCCUAGCGAACUCUGUUGUUGCUACCAUAUUAUCGAUCGCUCAUGCGGCCAUCCUGGCUAAAACAGCAGGCACUGAAUCGUGCUUCUCACUCGGCCAGAAUGCGGCUGAUAUAUUAAUUGUUGGGAUUGUAGCAAACUACGCCGCUGUAGCCGCCGAUACAUUCUCCUCCGAGCUCGGCAUUCUCUCGAAAUCCAAACCCCGCCUAAUCACGUCGUUGAAUCUCCGUGAAGUCCCUCCCGGUACAAAUGGUGGUGUUACCGCAACUGGCCUUGGAGCUGGCCUUCUGGGUUCGUUCAUUGUUUCAGCGACAUCUGCUGCGGUUCUCCCGUUCUGUGCCAGUGCCGGAUUGAAGGAUCGGGCUCUGUGGACCAUAGCUAUGACUCUCUGGGGUACGCUAGGCAGCGUUCUUGACAGUGUUCUCGGUGGACUUUUGCAGGCCAGUGUUGUCGAUAAAAGGAGUGGGAAGGUUGUAGAGGGAAGUGGUGGCAGGAAGGUUAUCAUUCACCCUUCGACGGGCAAGCCGGUUGUUACUGCUGAUAGCACUGCCAAAACUACCGGUAGCAUACAUAAUGCUGCAGUGCAUGGCACCCAGGUGACACACGUCCUCGAUGAAAGUCAUGAAAGUCGUCGCCUUGAAACUGGUCAUGACUGGCUAGACAACAAUGGCGUCAACCUUCUCAUGGCUGCGACUAUGAGUGUCGGGGCUAUGGGUAUUGCACAGUGGUUCUGGGGGUUGGAUGUGUUUGAGUUGCUCGUGUAA